UGCAUCUGCUGCAAUGUACAGGAUUACUUCAUCUGCUGCUUCUCAAUCAUAUCUUUAUUCUGAUUCUCCAUUAAUAUGAAAGCAAUUUCUGUUGUUUCAUUGUAGGACUGUUGAGAUACGUGUGAAGCUCCUGCUGAAUGACAGUGCCCAGAGAAGCUGCAUAAUGCCUCUUCUCGACGUAAUGGAAGACAACGACUCCAUUGCCUCCCCAACCCCGAAUUCAUCUCCAUCUCUUUCCUCCAUGGCGUUUUCCUCCCUCCCUCCAUCCCUGUCCUCGUUUCUCCCGCAGUCGAACUGCUCCGUGGCUCCGUCUCCCUCCUCACCGCCGUAUAACUUCUACGCUGUGUUGUUGGUGUUGCUGAUUUUUUGCGUGGUGUUCGGUAACGUGUUGGUGUGUGUGGCCGUGUCACGAGAGAAAGCGCUGCAGACCACCACCAAUUACCUCAUUGUGUCACUGGCCGUGUCGGACUUGCUCUUGGCCACACUGGUGAUGCCCUGGGGCGUCUACCUGGAGGUUGUGGGUGAGUGGAGAUUCAGUCGGAUCCACUGUGACAUUCUGCUCACGCUGGACGUCAUGAUGUGCACCGCCAGCAUCCUCAACUUAUGUGCCAUCAGCAUCGAUAGGUACACAGCUGUGGCCAUGCCGUUACUGUACAACACGCGCUACAGCUCCAGAAGAAGGGUCGCUCUGAUGAUCGCUGUCGUCUGGUUCCUGUCAUUUGCCAUUUCCUGUCCGCUGCUGUUUGGUCUCAACAACACAGCCAGUCAAGAAGGGAGAGACUGCAGCUUUGCCGACCCUGCUUUCGUGGUCUACUCCUCUGUUGCUUCCUUUUACGUGCCCUUCAUUGUGACCCUGAUGGUGUAUGUGCAGAUCUGCGUGGUCCUGCGCAGACGGGGCAGACGCACCGCACCUUCACGCAGACACGGCCUGCAUCCAGAGCCCAGAGAUGGACAGAGAUCUCACAAGAAUAAGUGUACUCAUCCUGAAGAUGUGAAAUUGUGUACUUUAAUAGUAAAGCCUCCUCCAGCCGCUCCACAACGCAAGAAAGUGACGCUGGUGAAAGAGGCCGUGGUUCAUCCUCUGGACGUGGAACCCAUGUGUUUUCUGAGUCAGGACAGAGAGCAGCCUCCACAGCAAUCGCAGCAGCCUGGACAUGCUAAAAUCUCCCUGUCUGUGUCUGUGGCGCCCAGUCCCGCGCGGCCCUGCGCCACGCUCUCGGCCCCCGGCCUGCGCAGAGUUGCCCUGCAGGAAAACAUGAACGGCCUCCACGGAUGGAGGGAGAGAAACGCAGACAGAGAGAAAGGAGCCGCGGCGAAGGAGAGAGUGAGAGGAAGACUGUCACAGCAGAAGGAAAGAAAGGCGACACAGAUGCUCGCCAUCGUUUUAGGUGUCUUCAUAAUAUGCUGGCUUCCUUUCUUCCUGACGCACGUGCUGAAAGCUCACUGCGGCAGCUGCUGCAUCUCGCCGUCGCUCUACAGCGCUGUCACAUGGCUGGGUUACCUCAACAGCGCCGUCAACCCAGUCAUCUACACCACCUUCAACAUCGAGUUCCGCAAGGCCUUCAUUAAAAUCCUGCACUGCUGACAAGAACCAAAAGCACACGACAACAGGGGAAUUUACUGAACAAAAGAAGCUUGUGACAGACAAGGGAAACAUUUGAAGCUCAGUAUGUAAAGAUAACACAAAUCAAGAAACACAGUGACAGCUAAGAAAAGACGAGCCAUUUGAAAAAGCGAAGAGUCUUUGUUUGUGGAACUGAUUCUCUGAAACUGUUGCAAUCGGCAGAGGAUGUGUUUUUAUAGCAGUAUGUCAUACAAAAGUUAACAUUUUGUCAUCAUUUGCUCACCCUUGCGUCCAAACCCAUAUUAUUUUAGUUCUUCUGUGAAACACAAACAAAGACGUUGUGCUCAAUGGGGAUACGCUGACAUCACGCCAUGAUUUUUUUAAUUGAAUACGAUCAUGCGAUCUAUGGAGGCAAAUUAAAUUUGGGUCUGUUCCUCAAACAAAGGAUUUCAGGAGACCUGAGAAAUAAGACAUGAUACAGACUCUUUUAUGAUAAAUUAAUGUUGUUUUGUGUCCUUUUUGGCAGUACAUAUCACUGUCCACUUCCAUUAUAUCAAAAACAGAAGCUCAAAUAUUCUCCUAAAUAAUUUUAUGUUACUAAAUGGCGAUAAAACCCAAAUUAUGCAAUUUUGUCCAAAUGAAGUCUCUAACGGAAAUUAUAUCAAUUUAGGCACCCUCACCCCAUACCUUACCACCAAUGUUAAAAAUUCUUAAACUAGACAAACAAAUCAAUAGCAUAGUUAGCGCCAGCUUUUACCACCUACGUCGGUUGGCCAAAGUCAAACCACUUUUAAGCAGGGACAGCUUUGAAACAGUUAUUCACGCUUUUAUUUCCACACGACUCGACCACUGUAACUCAUUAUAUAUCUGGCUACCUCUCUCCUCAAUCUCCAAAUCUCUAACCCCAAUUCUACAUUCUCUACACUGGUUGCCAGUCUGAUACUGAAUUGAUUUUAACAUUUUAGUAUUCAUUUAUAAAGCCCUCUGCAAUCAAUCCACCAAAUACCUCUCUGACUUAAUUGUCACUCACAACCCUUCUAGAUCACUUAGAUCAAGCAAAUGAUGACAGAAUGUUAAUUUAUGGAUGAAAUAUCCCUUUAAAUAAUGUUUUUAUCCAUGGAGUAGGUAAAUGAUGCUGAAAAUGAACACAAAAUGCACAAUUUAAAGCUACAGUUCAUUGGAUUUCAAAUGAUACUGAGAUAAUGACAGUUUGUUUUUAAACUCCAACCAGUUUAAUCAUCGUUAAAUAUUUAAACAUGUUUUGAAAUUAAAUAUUUCAGUGGAAUCUGAGCUAAAAUAUGCUGAUGCUCACUAAUGCACCUAGUCCAGAAGAAAUAAACACAUUUUGCAUUUUGUAUCUAAGAGAAUGUGCGAUCUAACAUAACAUCAUGCAGAAGAUCUGAAUCUGUAUUGUAUGCUGUAAAUAACAUGAUAUAAAUAUACAAUAUUGAGUCCACUGAGAUUUUUGUCCACUACAACGUGAUCUGAUAAUGUGCAAAUAUUUAAAAACCUACCAAUUAUACACACAUCAUCUCUUAAAGGGCUCAUUCAUAAAGAAUUAAAUCUGUUUUAGCUGAAUUUGGCCAAAAAUAAGGUAUCUUAGAAGGCAGCAUGAUCAUGCCACCUAGCUUUUGGAGCAAGCUUUGCCUACAUAGGCAGUUCAAUCUGAGUCAGAAGGUAGAAAUAGGUUAAAAAAAAAAGGUGAAAA